CUCCCCCCGGAAACGCUCGCUUUCGCGGCCCGGAUGUUCGACGCUGCCCGGGAAGGAAACACCGAGCUCCUCGUCCAAGCCACUCAGCGCGGGCUGCCCGCGAACCUGACGAACGAGAAAGGCAACACCCUCCUCAUGCUCGCCGCCUACGCAGGCCACGCCGCCACCGUCCGCGGCCUGAUCAGCGCGGGCGCCGACCCCAACCGGCUGAACGACAACCUCCAGUCCCCGCUCGCCGGCGUCAUCUUCAAGGGGCACGACGAGAUCGCGAAGAUCCUCCUCGACGCCGGCGCCGAUCCGCGGCUGGGCAAGCCCAGCGCGAUCGAGACGGCGAAGAUGUUUGGCAAGAACGACAUGCUGCAGCUGCUGGGCGCGAACGAGGAGGAUGUGGGCGACGUUCCGAACGCGGUGCGGUUGAUGGCGGAGGCGAAUGCUAGGAAGUAG